CCCAGGAAGAAGAGAUAUGCUGUAUUGUCAACCAGUGAAAUUUCGGUAUACUAAACAGCAGCAAGACAAGACGUGGAAAACUAAAAAGUACAGUCGACUCUUCAGCACCGUAUCCGUAGAAGACUUUGGCCGCUUCCUUCAAGCCAGAUCUGAACAGUCUGCCAUCCGUCUUUCAGCGUACUUCAACAAACAACGUGCCGAUCAAAAGCUUAUUCAAGGCUUACGCGUCAAGUUUGAAGAAGACGCCGUGUUUGUAAUGGGAAACUGGUCCGCUCCCCAUGCUAGGUAUCAUGAGCUCAUCCGUGGCCUUGGUUUCCGAAGGCUCCUCAAGAAGCAUAUGUUCCAAGUCUAUCUUAUAGACGAGUACAAGGCCAGUAGGUGCUGUCCAACAUGCCACAACGAAAGCCUUCACACGUUCCGUUGUGUUCCAAACCCACAACCGUAUCAAUGUGAGCGAUAUCCUGCUGUUGCCUGCCAUGGCCUUUUAAGAUGCGCCAAUUUAUAUUGUAGACCCGCCAUAGCAGCUCCAGAUAGAUAUCGUUUAUGGAACAGGGAUGUUGCUGCUUGUCUCAACUACGUGCACAUCCUUCGUGAGCUUCGACUUAAUGGCAUGAUUCCUCAUAAGUUUUGCCGGGUUUCUGUUGCUCCUACAAGGUGUCGAAGAAGAGUGGACGAUCAGGAGCAAUCAAGAACUAGAAUACGCUUAGACGAUGAUUCUUCAUGCUAG